AUGGCUGAUCUCGCAACCACCCCCGGCGGUGCCAAGCUCAUCGAUGGUACCGCCCUCGCCAAAGAAGUGCGCGCUCGCGUCGCACAGCGAAUCUCCGAGCUCAAGCAGCAACACUCUUCCUUCCAGCCUCACCUUUGCAUCAUGCAAGUCGGUUCCAUGAACGCUUCUUCCACCUAUAUUCGCAUGAAGAAGCUCGCUGCUGAAGAGUGUGGUAUGCGAUACACCCACGUUCAGCUGCCCGAGGGCACCCCCGAGGCUGAGAUCAUCAAGCGUGUCGGUGAGCUCAACGAGGAUAUCAGUGUGGAUGGUAUCCUUGUGCAGCUUCCUCUUGGUGAUCACAUCGACUCGGAUGCUGAGCGACGUGUAACGGAGGCGAUCAGCCCAGAGAAGGAUGUUGAUGGUUUCCACGCUCUUAACAUCGGCCAUCUCUCAUCGAAGGCUUGCAACCCUCUUUUCUUCCCUUGCACUCCUGCUGGAUGCAUCAAACUGCUCGAGAAGGCUGGCAUUACCAACAUGGCGGGUCUUCGUGCUGUUGUCAUUGGUCGAAGUGACAUUGUCGGUAACCCCGUCGCUUCUCUUCUUCGUAGCAGGGACUGCACUGUGACUCAGUGCCAUAGCCGUACUGCCGAUCUCCAGGCUCAUCUUGCUCAGGCUGAUAUCGUCAUUGCCGCUAUGGGCAAGGCUCACUUCAUUCAGGGCGAAUGGCUCAAGAAGGGCGCAGUUGUUAUCGACGUCGGUACCAACUUCGUCGACGAUGCUUCCAAGAAGUCGGGUUACCGUCUCGUCGGUGACGUCGACUUUCAAGCCGCUAGUAAGGUCGCUUCUGCCAUCACUCCUGUUCCUGGCGGAGUUGGACCCAUGACUGUGGCCAUGCUCAUGGAGAACGUUCUCAUCAGUGCCGAACGCAGCCUUGCCGAUGGCCGUGCCCUCGGUAUCGGCCGUGGCGUUGUUCGUCCCAACCCCAUCAAGCCCCUCGCCAAGGUUCCCUCCGAUAUCGAGGUCGCCCGUUCCCAGACACCCAAGCCGAUCACCACCAUCGCCCGCGAAAUCGGUCUCAUCUCCUCCGAGCUCGAACCCUACGGAUUUGUCAAAGCCAAAGUCGAUCUUUCCGUUCUCAAGCGUCUCGCUCAUCGCAAGAACGGCAAAUACAUCGUCGUUGCCGGUAUUACACCUACCCCCCUUGGCGAAGGUAAAUCCACCACCACCAUCGGUCUUGCACAAGCUCUUGGCGCUCAUCUUGGCAAAUCGGCUUUCGCUUGUGUUCGUCAACCCUCCCAAGGUCCUACUUUCGGUAUCAAAGGUGGUGCUGCCGGUGGAGGUUACUCCCAAGUCAUCCCUAUGGAAGAAUUCAACUUGCAUCUUACUGGUGAUAACCACGCUGUUCAGGCUGCAAACAAUCUUCUCGCUGCCGCUAUCGAUACUAGGAUGUUCCAUGAGGCGACUCAGAAGGAUGCUGCCUUGUUCGACCGUCUCUGUCCGAAGAAGAAGGGGGUUAGGACUUUCGCACCGAUCAUGUUCCGAAGGUUGAACAAGUUGGGCAUUGAAAAGGCCAAUCCUGAUGAUCUGACGGAUGAAGAAAAGGCCAAGUUUGCACGAUUGGACAUUGAUCCGGAGACGGUUACGUGGAGACGUGUUACGGAUACCAAUGAUCGUUACUUGCGUGAUAUUACGGUUGGUCAAGCUGCGACUGAAAAGGGUAUUACUCGAAGGACCGGGUUUGAUAUCGCAGUCGCUUCGGAGUGCAUGGCUGUUUUAGCGCUCAGUAGGGAUCUGAAGGAUAUGCGAGAACGUCUUGGACGAAUGGUGAUUGGUACUUCGCGUGCUGGUGAUCCAGUUACCGCUGACGAUAUUGGAGUCGGUGGUGCUUUGGCUAUUUUGAUGAAGGAUGCGAUUAAGCCGAAUUUGAUGCAGACGUUGGAGGGGACUCCCGUGUUUGUUCAUGCGGGGCCAUUUGCGAACAUUGCUCAUGGUAACUCGUCCAUUCUUGCCGAUGCUAUUGCGUUGAAGCUGGCUGGUAUUGAGGAGGGGGAGCCGGUGGAGAGGACGGGUUAUGUGAUUACGGAGGCUGGGUUUGGUGCGGAUAUUGGUAUGGAGAAGUUCUGUAACAUCAAGUGUCGUGAGUCGGGGCUUGUUCCGGAUGCUGCGGUUAUUGUGGCUACUGUUAGGGCGCUCAAGACUCAUGGUGGUGGACCGGAGGUUACUCCAGGUAAGCCUCUCAGCGAGAUUUACCUCGAAGAGAACUUGGAUAUUCUCGAGAAAGGUUGUGUUAACCUUGCUAAACACAUCAGCAACGCCAAGAAGUUCGGUUUGAAGGUUAUCGUUGCGAUCAACCAGUUCACCACCGACACGCCUGCCGAGCUCGAACUGGUCCGCAAGAAGGCACUGGAGGCAGGUGCUGACGAUGCGGUCCCCGCCAACCACUGGGCUUUGGGCGGCGAAGGAGCCGUCGACCUUGCCAAAGCUGUCAUUGAACAACUUGAAGGAAAAGCUUCCCAAUUUAACUUCCUCUACGAGCCCACGCUUCCCAUCACACAAAAGAUCGAAGCGAUCGCAAGGGACAUGUACGGUGCUGAUGGGAUCGAGCUUUCCGAACAAGCCGAAAAGCAGAUCCAAACGAUCGAGAAGAAUGGUUUUGGUAAUCUUUCGAUUUGCAUGGCUAAAACUCAUCUCUCCCUUUCCGCCGAUCCCAGCAAGAAGGGCGCUCCGACUGGAUUCACUGUUCCCGUUAGGGAGGUUUAUGCUUCGGUGGGAGCAGGAUUGUUGGUGGUCAUGUGCGGUGCUAUGAGUAAGAUGCCUGGUUUGAACACUAGACCUGGAUACUAUGAUAUGGACCUUACCGAGGACGGCGAGGUCAUUGGUUUGUCCUAA